AUGGGAUAUCCCCGUAACAGUGAUAGAACUGCAGCUUUUUGUUUGAGCCCCAACUCUCCCAAAUACCUUACAGAUCUUGAAUAUCAUUUCUUUUUAGAGAAACUGGAGCAUAACUUGCUAACUCUGGUACAUAAUCAUUCUGCAAACUGUCUCCCCCCUGUCUUUGUAAUUCUUCAGACCACUGUCUUACUUCUGAAGGACCAGCUGUUGUUGGUGGAAGCUGCUGGAAUUUGUUGUGGUGGAGGGGCUACUGCAGGUGCUAAUUGGAGUAGGGAACCAGCUGGACCAAGGUUACUGACUAUUGAGCUGGUUGUUUCAACUUAUCAGGUUGCUGUCUUGCUGCUUUUCAAUACCUCUGAUCGGCUGAGCUAUUCAGAGAUAAUGGCUCAGUCGAACUUGACCCAUGAAGACUUGGUCAGAUUACUACAUUCACUGUCAUGUGCCAAGUAUAAGAUUCUAAGUAAAGAGCCAAACACAAAAACCAUCUCCCAGAGGGACUCCUUUAAGUUCAACUCUAUGUUCACCGACAAGUUGAGGAGAAUUAAGAUUCCUCUCCCUCCACUGGACGAAAGGAAGAAAGUUGUUGAAGAUGUUGAUAAAGAUCGUCGUUAUGCAAUCGAAGCUGCAAUUGUACGCAUAAUGAAGAGCAGGAAGGUUUUGGGCCGCCAACAAUUGGUUUCCGAGUGUGUCGAGCAGUUGAGUCGCAUGUUCAAGCCUGAUAUUAAAGCCAUAAAGAAACGAAUCGAAGAUCUGAUCACGCGAGAUUACUUGGAGAGAGAGAAGGAGAAUCCCAACACACUUAGAUAUUUGGCUUGACAUUUG